UUCAGCAAAAUUGUUCUUUCUGUACAGGAUCACUUUUCAAGUCGAAAACUUCUACUAACCGCGAAGUACGCACGUUGGCGAUGCCACGGUUCUAUUAUCGAUUAUUCGCUAAUUUAUUCAUGCCUGCGAGUAGACGACGACAACGACGACGACGACGGCGUACUGGCCACCACUGCCGGUCGAUUCGGACCUCGCUUGUCGGCCACAACACGCGAGCUGCCACAUUUCAUGCUGCGCCAUUAUAGUCGAAGAUCGUCCCGACGGACGAGUCAUGCCGCUCGUAUGAUCAUCAUCGAGGAUCAUUGUCGAUUCGGUCUAUAUCUUCGUCACAUCUCCAAUGUCGGACGUUGAAGAGGAGUCCGCCGAGAAGCGGCUGAAAAUUGUGCUCGUCGGUGACUCCGGUGCCGGCAAAACCAGCAUCGUUCAGAAGUUUUGCAACAACGAUUUCACUAGGCAAUACAUACCCACCGCAGGCAUCGAUUUCUUUCUUAAGAACAUCAGCAUCGGCAGCUAUAAAAAUGUCAAUCUACAUUUAUGGGACGUUGGCGGACUCGCUCUGCAUGGCAACAUGUUGGAUAAAUACGUUUUUGGAGCACACAUCAUUCUUUUGGUGUACGACGUAACGAAUAGCUCAAGUUUUGACAUUUUGGAAGAGUGGCUCAGCAAAAUCAAAAGUUUCAUUGAAGCCUACGAUGAAAUACCUCUAAUAGCGGUAAUAGGUAAUAAAUGUGACAUGGAACAUCAAAGAACAGUUAAGAGAGACAGGUCGCAUCGAUUCGCCGCAGAAAACGGAUUUCCUUAUCAUGAUAUGUCUGCGAGAACUGGAGAAUCGGUAUCUUUAUGCCUAGCAGGUUUGGCAGCUCAAGUUUUAGGUGUUCGAUUAACAAGAACGGAUCAAGAUUUUCAUAAGCCCAUUAUCAUCGCUGAAAUUGGUGACACAGUAGAUGUAAAUUCAAUACACAAAGUCGUAAAAAGAUUUCCUACUAAAAAACAAUUUCCAAUUGCGUUCCAUCCCCAUUUUCCCACCUCAAAAUCUACGGUGUGUGUAUUGCAAUGAUAAUGAUCAGACAUUUUUGAAUAAUGUUAUAUAAAUUUUAUUUAUUUGAGUAUGUGUUCAUAACAACAAACAAAAUACAUAAUGUCAAGAAUGUAUUUUUUACGAUUGUGUGAAUGUAUCAAAUUUGUAUAUUAAAUAAUACAUUGUAUAGCAGAAAAUAUGAAAAUUAUAUUUAUGUAAUACGAGCGUAUGAUGGGCAACGAAUGAGUCUAUCAUGUUUAAGAGCUUGUGUUUAAUUCCCGGCAAAAAUUUUCCUAACUCCUCUUCAGUGGUCUUUCAAACCAAGAGUAUCUAUUAUCAAGAAAAUCUCUCAAACUGCCGUUCGGGACCGACGUUAAAUUGUAGGUUCCGUAAACCUGUGUAUCUCGUACCUGCGUGCGGGCAUAGGUACGAGAUGUAGCCCUACUGAAAAGAAUCAUGUCACAAAGUUAUGUAACAAAAUCAUGUAAUUAAGAUAAAUAAAUGACAUAACAGAUUGUUUCAAAUUAGUACGUGAUUUUUUAAAUCACGUGAUUUGAAAAAUCACAUGAUAGAAAUAAUU